AUGUCGGACGAUUCGACCCAGGACGAGAUUCGCGCGGCGCAGGCGGCUCGUCGCGAGGCUCGUCUCGGGGCGACCGCGAACCAGCCAGAUGCAGGCCUCUCUACCGAGGUCGCUGCCCCCGAGACGGCCAAGAAGUCGCGCUUCAGCAAGUACAACCAAGAGCUUGACGUCGGGACUAGUGCGGACGCAGACAUGGACGACGAGGGCGGCAGCAACGAGGUUUCGCUCCUCGACUCUUUCACCGCACCAAAGCACCUCCUGAACGAGUUCGCCGACGAAGACGCCGAGGACCCGUUCGCCGCGACCGCAAAGACUCGCCAGGUUGCUGCUCGCCAAUCCGAGUACCACCAGCGCCGCUUCGACCGCGAUGCGGGCGAGGAUGGCGAGUCAUACGGGGACAAGAUGCGACGAGCGGAGAUUGAGCGUGAAGAGCAGCGGGUCAUGCGCGAGAUUGAGCGCCGGCAGCAGGAGGGAACCGACGAGAAGGGCGAGCCGCUCAAGCAGAUCGAAGCGGUCGACCAGACGCCGAGGCGGAGACGGUGGGACAUCGCCGAGCCGGACCAACAGCGGGACGUCCAGAUGGCGGAUGCGUCGGCUUUGGGCAAGGAGCGCGGCGGCGAGUGGGACGAGGCAAAGCUGAAGGGCAAAGAGGCCGCGCCCGCCGAGACGCCUCGACGGAAACGCUCACGGUGGGACGAGACGCCCGCCGGUCCUGCCGGUGCACCUGGCGAAACGCCGAAACGGUCAAGGUGGGAUCAGACGCCGGUCGGAGGUGUCGCUGCGACGCCUGUUCCCGGCUCGCUCCAGCCCUUUGGCAUUCCCACGACAAUCAACACGGUGCAGCAGGGGACGGCGGGCGAAGGGUUCCUCCUUGUCGGCGGCGUCAUGGAUCGACGAGUGCGGUGGCUCACGGACGAAGAGCUCGACGCGAUGCUGCCGAGCGAAGGCUACGAGAUCGUUGAGCCGCCUGCCGGCUAUCAACCUAUCCGCACGCCGUCACGCAAGCUACAGGAAACGCCCCUCGCCGACAACGGCGGCUUCAUGAUGCCCGAGCAAGGCAUCUCGGCUGAAGCUCUGGGCAUCUCGACGGAGUUGCCGACCGACGUCGAGGGCGUCGGCGACCUACAGUUCUUCAAGAAGGAGGACGCGCAAUACUUCGCGAAGAUCUUGACGAACGAAGACGAGAGCGCGCUGUCGGUCGAGGAGCUCAAGGAGCGCAAGAUCAUGCGCCUCCUGCUCAAGAUCAAGAACGGCACGCCUCCGAUGCGCAAGUCGGCGCUGCGACAGAUCACCGACAAGGCGCGCGAGUUUGGCGCCGGCCCGCUCUUCGACAAGAUCCUGCCCCUGCUGAUGGAGCGGACGCUCGAGGACCAGGAGCGCCACUUGCUCGUCAAGGUCAUCGACCGCGUCCUGUACAAGCUCGACGACCUCGUUCGCCCAUACGUCCACAAGAUCCUCGUCGUCAUCGAGCCACUUCUGAUCGACGAGGACUACUAUGCGCGCGUCGAAGGUCGCGAGAUCAUCAGUAAUCUGUCCAAGGCGGCCGGUCUCGCUCACAUGAUCUCGACGAUGCGUCCUGACAUUGACCACGCCGAUGAGUACGUCCGCAACACGACUGCCCGCGCCUUCUCCGUCGUCGCCUCCGCCCUCGGUAUCCCCUCCCUCCUCCCCUUCCUCAAGGCCGUCUGUCGCUCGAAGAAGUCGUGGCAAGCUCGCCACACCGGUAUCAAAAUCAUACAGCAGAUCGCGAUCAUGAUGGGCUGCGCCGUCCUCCCCCACCUCAAGAACCUCGUCGAAGCGGUCGCGCACGGUCUCGAGGACGAGCAGCAGAAGGUCCGCACGAUGACGGCGCUCUGUCUCGCCGCGCUGGCCGAGGCCGCUGCGCCGUACGGCAUCGAGUCGUUCGACUCGGUGCUCAAGCCGCUGUGGACGGGCAUUCGCAAGCAUCGCGGCAAGGGCCUCGCUGCCUUCCUCAAGGCGAUCGGCUUCAUCAUCCCGCUCAUGGACCCCGAGUACGCCAACUACUACACUCGCGAAGUUAUGGUCAUCCUAAUUCGCGAGUUCCAGUCGCCCGAUGAGGAGAUGAAGAAGAUCGUCCUCAAGGUCGUCAAGCAGUGCUCGGCGACUGACGGUGUCCAGCCGCAAUACGUCCGCGAGGAGAUCCUGCCCGAGUUCUUCAAGAACUUCCUCGUCCGCCGCAUGGCUCUCGACCGUCGCAACUACCGCCAGGUCGUCGAGACGACUGUCGAGCUCGCCAACAAGGCCGGCGUCACAGAGAUCGUUGGGCGUAUCGUCAACGACUUGAAGGACGAGAGCGAGCCGUAUCGCAAGAUGGUCAUGGAGAUCAUCACCAAAGUCGUCGCCAACCUCGGCACAGCCGACAUCGAUGAGCGCCUCGAAGUGCAGCUCCUUGACGGCAUCAUCUACGCCUUCCAGGAGCAGACGGUCGAGGACAACGUCAUGCUCGAAGGCUUCGGCACCGUCGUUUCGGCGCUCGGCAUUCGCGUCAAGCCCUACCUGACGCAGAUCGUCUCGACCAUCCUCUGGCGCCUCAACAACAAGAGUGCCAAGGUCCGUCAGCAGGCCGCCGACUUGACAAGUAGGCUCGCGCUUGUCAUCAAGCAGUGCGAGGAGGACACGCUGCUCUCGAAGCUCGGCGUCGUCCUCUUCGAGCAGCUCGGUGAGGAGUACCCCGACACGCUCGGCAGCAUCAUCUCGGCCAUUGCAGCCAUCGCCAACGUCGUCGGUAUGACGCAGAUGAGCCCUCCCGUCAAGGACCUCCUCCCCCGCAUGACGCCCAUCCUGCGCAACCGACACGAAAAGGUGCAAGAGGCGUCGAUCAACCUCAUCGGACGUAUCGCCGACCGUGGCGCAGAGUUCGUCUCGGCUCGCGAGUGGAUGCGCAUCUGCUUCGAGCUGCUCGAUCUCCUCAAGGCGCACAAGAAGGCGAUCAGGCGCGCGGCAGUGAACUCGUUCGGCUACAUCGCCAAGGCAAUCGGUCCGCAGGACGUACUAAGCGUCCUCCUCACCAAUCUCAAGGUUCAGGACCGCCAAAGUCGUGUCUGCAGCACCGUCGCCAUCGCCAUCGUCGCCGAGACUUGCGGUCCCUUCACGUGCAUCCCCGCCAUCCUCAACGAGUACCGCACGCCCGAGCUGAAUGUCCGGAACGGCUGCUUGAAGGCAAUGUCGUUCCUCUUCGAGUACAUCGGCGAGAUGGGCAAGGACUACAUCCACUCGGUCCUCACCUGCCUGGAGGACGCCCUCACCGACCGCGACCAGGUCCAUCGCCAGACGGCCGCCUCGAUCGUCAAGCACUUGGCGCUCGGCACUGCAGGCCUCGGCAACGAGGACGCCCACCUUCACCUGCUCAACCUCGUUUGGCCGAACGUCUUCGAGACCUCGCCUCACGUCAUCGGCGCCAUGCUCGACGCCAUCGAGGCGAUGCGUGUCGCUCUCGGUCCCGGCGUCGUCCUCGCCCACGUCCUCCAAGGUCUCUUCCACCCCGCUCGCCGCGUUCGCGAGGUGUACUGGCACAUCAUGAACACGCUCUACAUGGGUGCGCAAGAUGCUCUCGUCGCGUUCUACCCGACCCUCGAUGGCCUCUCCGACGAGCGCAACUCAUACGAGCGCGACAACCUCCUCAUGUGGAUCUAG